ACCAUGACUUAACCCAUUACCCCGUAGCUAUAUGAACUAAACCAUUCCUAAAAGCAUUGGCUGACAAACUAGGAACCCACCAGAUAAAUUACCCACAUUAAUCGCCUUCCUAGGACCAGUCGAUUCGUGGAAUUAAGAAUAUUUCAGGUCGUAGACGAUCUUCCAUUUCCGUUCAGCAAGAAGUCACAAUGUCGCUGUUAUAUUUCUUUCAAACAAGCCUCGAGUACCAUGGGAUAACUACGAAAGAGCUUUAUCAACUAUGGUUUAAGCACGCUCAAGCUGCUUUUAAGAUGUACGAACAAGGUAUUAUGAAAUACGCCUUCAAGAUAGCUGGAGAAAGAAAAGUUCUUGGAGUGAUGUCAGUGGAGUCACCCUCAGUACUGGACACGUGCUUUGUCGAGCUACCUCUUUACCAGGCCCUCGGAGAUCAGUUGCACUCGACAUUUACCCCGUUGAGACAAUACGAAGGAUUUGCGUCAGAUGUGAGCGAGAGAGUUGGGAACGGAGAAAAUUACGGGGAUGAAAAGUCCAUCUUAAAGAAGGGGCUCUUCUACAUUCUGACGUUUACUGUGGAAUACGACCCUACCAUGACACAACAAGACCUGUUUGCUGUCUGGGCUGAGGAAGCUAAAGAGGCUCUCAAGGCAAAAAAGUCUGGAAUCAUUCUAGACUUAUGGAAAGUGGUAGCAGAACGUAAGGUUAUAGCCGUUGUCUGUGUGGAUGAUCCGACUGAUGUUGACAGAAUGUCACUGGACCUGCCAAUCAUGAAAAAGAUGGGAAGCAAAGUCCGUAUAGAUUGCAAGUCGAUACGGCCAGUAGAAGAAUGGGCCGCAGAUCUACAAAAGCUAGCAGAAUAGGCCUAAGGAGCAUCUAGAAACGUUGGACUGUAAACCCCUCUCGUGCUGAAUCCAAAAUUGAUCGUAGUUAAUGAUGUAUUAAAACUAUCAAGAAAAAGUCAGAGUUCUAAGUUACUUUAGAUAGUAGUAUUAACACAUUUAAGACUUCAAGUGAAGAAUUCAUUUGCAUGUAGCAACAAAAAAUUGCCAACGAUUUUAGAUGAAUUUCAAGGUAGGAAUACGAAAAAAAUUAGCAGAUUUCAAAUAAAUCGAGCACAAAUUGCAAAU